AUGGCUGUCGACGUGGCAACCCCCUUUCCGAAUCCAGUUCCGACUGCCGACUCGGGACCAGCCAUGCUGAAAGGUGCUCCAUGGCUGGAUGCCAACUGGCCGUACAUCAGCACGUUUCUGUGUCCCAUCUUCUUCCUGCUGCCUUUUGCCUUGAGUAAAUCUCCCCGACAAGCUCUUCAGAACCCGUAUGUCCUGGGAUGGAUGACGGUGGCAUUCUACUGCUGGCACCAGACGGAGGAGCAUGCCCACGACCUUCGUGGAUGGCGGUAUUCCUUCGUCCCAAACUUCAAUCACAGUGUGGGGGCCCUCGUCUUCAAGAGUUGCGAAACUAUCGGACACUUGAGCUGCCCGCUGAAUACCCGCAUAACUCUUUACGUCAACGUCUUUGUGGUGUGGGUGGGAUUCGUUGCAACCAUGAUCUCUGCCCACUACCUAGGCGGACCUUAUGCUUUCGCAGGACUCGUCAACUGGGGCAUGAGCGUUGUGAAUGCUUUUGGGGGCCACCUGAUUCCAUUCCUUUUCAUGGGCUACAACCCUGGUGCUUUCCAGAGCAUUUUCAUGUUUCUCUUCGGCAUCUACGCCAUCUCACGUGGUGGAAGGCGUCUUGCAGCAGCCAGCAUCGUCAACGGUGUCCUCUUCCAUAUCAUCACAUUCGGUGUCGGCACGAAUCUGGUUCUCGUCGCCCACUGGCCAGAAGAGCUGAUGCUUGUGCUGAGCGUCGUCGGCACUUGGCCCAUGCCUCUUCUUUUGGCGCGCCACUUUGCGCCAAAGCAGUAUGACAAGCUGGAGGACCUGGACGACUCCGAAAACGAGGAGUCACCGUGA